AUGCCACAGCUCUGGAAUUUGGCACAGGGCCCGGAGGGUCAGGUGACACCUUCUCAGCGUCCCCUCGGCUGGGUCUUUAAAGGGAAGGGGCCAAGAGCACUCCCCGGGGAGAUCUUCCGACUCCGACCGUCACAGCGAAUCUGCCCAGUGGUUUUAGCCAUGCCUGAACCCGCCAAACCCGCCGCAAAAAAGAAAGAAGCGACGAAAAAAGAGGAUCCCAAAGCAGCCAAGAAAGAAGAGAAGAAAGAGGAGAAGAAAGAGGAGAAGAAAGAGGAGAAGAAAGAGGAGCCAAAAGAGGCAGCACCAGCCGCACAGCCAGCUCCAGCAGAAUCCCAAGGGGAGCCCUCAAGCCAGUCUGAUGGGCUGUUUGUCAAGAAGCCAGAACAUGCGUUAGUAGAGGCUGGGAAGGAUGUGAUCAUCUCCUUUCAAGUGGAUGGGGCUCAGCUCCCUGGCAAACCCACCGUGAAAUGGUUCAAGGGUAAAUGGCUGGAGCUGGGUAUUAAGAGCGGCCAGCGAUUCCAGUUCAAGGACAGCUUUGACAAGGAGAAAAACGUUUACGCCUAUGAGCUGAAAAUUGGCAAGGUGGUUGUUGGAGACCGGGGGGAUUAUCGCUGCGAAGUGAAAGCCAAGGACAAGUUCGACAGCUGCCCCUUCAACAUUGACGUGGAAGCACCGAGGACAGAUGAAUCCAACAAUGUGCUGCAGGCCUUCAAGAGGACGUAAGUAGACACCGGCAAAAGUGAAGUUGCAGGCGAGCUGGACUUCAGCGGGUUGCUAAAGAAGAGAGAAGGGCAGGAAGAAGAGAAGAAGAAAAAGAAAGAUGACGACGAUGAUAUGGGGAUCCCCCCGGAGAUCUGGGAAAUGCUGAAGGGCGUGACCAAGAAAAGCGAAUAUGAACGCAUUGCCUUCCAGUACGGUGUCACUGACCUGCGUGGCAUGCUCAAAAGACUGAAGAAAGCCAAGGUGGAGAUCAAGAAGAGCGCAGCAUUCAUGACAAAAUUGGACCCUGCCUACCAAGUUGACAAAGGGCAUAAAAUCAAAAUGUGGGUGGAGCUGAGUGACCCAGACCUGGUUAUCAAAUGGAUGAAGAAUGGGCAAGUGAUCAAGCCUAGUGGCAAGUACAUCUUUGAGAAUGUGGGCAAGAAGCGCAUCCUGACCAUCACCAAAGCCUCGCUGGCGGACGACGCAGCUUAUGAAUGUGUUGCCGGGGAAGAGAGGAGCUUCACGGAGCUCUUUGUCAGAGAGCCUCCUGUCCUCAUCAGUGCUGGCUUGGAUGAUCAGCAGGUAUAUGUUGGAGACAAGGUGGAGCUGGAAGCAGAAGUGUCUGAGGAAGGAGCCCAAGUGAUAUGGAAGAAAGAUGGAGUGGAGCUGACUCGGGAGGAUGCCUUCAAGUACCGCUUCAAGAAGGAUGGCAAAAAGCACAUCCUCAUUAUCAAUGAGGCCACCAAGGAAGAUGCCGGUCGUUACCAGAUCAUUACCAACGGUGGCAAUUCAGAGGCAGACCUGGUGGUUGAAGAAAAACAGCUCGAGGUCCUUCAGGACAUCGCCGACCUUACUGUCAAAGCUGCGGAACAGGCCGUCUUCAAGUGUGAGGUGUCCGACGAGAAGGUGACUGGCAAAUGGUACAAGAACGGAGUCGAGGUCCGGCCUAGCAAACGCAUCACCAUUACUCACAAGGGCAGGUUCCACAAGCUGGUCAUCGAUGACGUGAGGCCAGAAGAUGAGGGAGACUAUACUUUUGUUCCCGAUGGAUACGCGCUCUCAUUAUCUGCCAAGCUCAACUUCCUGGAAAUCAAGAUUGAAUAUGUCCCUAAACAAGAGCCCCCCAAGAUCCACCUGGACUGUUCCGGACAAGGUCAGGCAAACACCAUUGUGGUGGUUGCAGGGAAUAAGCUGCGCUUUGAUGUGCCCAUCACUGGGGAACCAGCACCUGUUGCCACCUGGAUGAGGGGCGACGUGGUCUUUACUGACACCGAGGGCCGGGUUCGUGUAGAAGAGCGUAAGGAACUGAGCAGUUUUGUGAUAGAAAGUGCCGAGCGCUUUGAUGAAGGGAGUUACACCAUCAAGGUGACCAAUCCGGUGGGUGAGGACACAGCCACUCUCCAUGUCAAAGUUGUGGAUGUUCCUGAUCCUCCUGAGGCCGCACACAUCACUAAGGUUGGCGAGGACUGGGCCAUUUUGGUAUGGGAGCCACCUAAAUAUGAUGGUGGAAUGCCCGUGACUGGGUACCUGAUGGAGCGUAAAAAGAAGGGAAGCAUGCGCUGGAUGAAGAUAAAUUUUGAGGUUUACACGGAUACUACCUAUGAGUCCACCAAGAUGAUCGAGGGAGUGCUCUACGAGAUGCGGGUCUUUGCUGUCAACGCCAUUGGAGUCUCUCAGCCCAGUCAGAAUACCAAACCUUUCAUGCCGAUUGCCCCCACGAGCGAGCCACUCCACCUUACCUUGGAGGAUGUAACAGACACCACGGCCACGCUGAAAUGGCGCGCCCCGGAUCGUAUUGGUGCGGGGGGCAUCGACGGCUACCUCAUCGAGUACUGCAAGGAAGGAACUGAUGAAUGGAUAGCUUCCAACACAGAACUGGUUGAGCGCUGCGGCUUUACUGCCAAGGACCUUCCUACUGGCGAGAAGCUUUUAUUCCGGGUCGUUGCAGUUAAUAUCGCGGGCAAGAGUGUUCCAGCCACCUUCGCGCAGCCUGUCACCAUCCGAGAGAUUGUCCAACAGCCCAAGAUUCGACUUCCUCGCCACCUCCGACAGACCUAUAUCAAGAGAGUGGGGGAGCAGAUCAACUUGCUGAUCCCCUUCCAGGGUAAGCCUCGUCCUAAAGUCACGUGGACAAAAGACGGGAAGCCUCUGGACCCCAAGGAGGUGGCCGUCCGUACCUCAGACAUGGACACCAUCCUCUUCAUCCGCUCGGCUGCCCGGCACCAUUCAGGCCCCUAUGAGCUCUCCGUUCAGAUUGAGAACAUGGAGGACAAGGCCAUCAUCAAGAUUCGCGUUGUGGAGAAGCCAGGCCCAGCGCAUAAUGUGAUGGUGAAAGAGGUGUGGGGAUUCAACGCUUUGAUAGAGUGGGAGCCGCCCAAGGAUGAUGGGAAUUCGGAGAUCACCGGUUACUCCAUCCAAAAAGCUGACAAGAAGACCAUGGAAUGGUUCACGGUAUACGAACACAACCGUCUCACACGCUGCACCGUGUCUGACCUCAUCAUGGGCAACGAGUAUUACUUCCGAGUCUUCAGUGAGAACAUUUGUGGACUCAGCGAGAAUCCUGGAGUCUCAAAGAACACUGCUUACAUUCAGAAAACUGGAAUAAUCUGUAAACAGAUGGACUACAAGGAACAUGACUUCUGCAUGGCUCCGGUGUUUCUAACGCCACUGGUUGAUCGGACAGUGGUGGCUGGAUACACCACCGCCCUCAACUGUGCCGUGAGGGGACACCCCAAACCCAAAGUGUUCUGGAUGAAGAACAAAAUGGACCUCAGCGGGGACCCGAAGUUCCUCCAGAAAAACAGCCAAGGGGUGCUGACCCUCAACAUCCGGAAGCCAAGCCCUUUCGACAGCGCCACGUACUCCUGCAAGGCCAUCAACGAGCUGGGCGAAGCCCUUGUGGAGUGCAAGCUGGAGGUCAAAGCACCCCAGUAAUCUUGUUGCCACGCCUGCCAAGAUUGCAAGAGCUUACAACUGACCUUUUCAUCAAGGUGGCC